AUGAAGGUUUCCAGCGUUUUGAUCAUGCUUGCCACUGCCGGCGUUGGCUUGGCCGCUACCUGCGGAGGCUCCAAGCAGUGCGAGUGUCUGUUCCCUGAUCGUUCUCACUGCUGUCUCUACGGAUCCAACGAGGAGACUGGCGAUGACUACGACUGCACAAGACUCUGUGCUGGCGCUAGCCGUAUCCUCCAGCACGGUGAAGACACCCCAGCCAAGUGCAAUGCUGGCGGUUCUUUCGCCUGUGCCUCUGUCUUCACUGCUCAGGGUCGCACUCCUUGCUACACCGACUAG